AGGAGCCAGAAGAAGAACCGCAGGAGGAGGAUGGAGGAGGACAUCCACAGGAAGAGGAUGGAGAAGGAUCUCCUGGAGUUGCAGUGUAUGAUUGAUGUCCACUUUGACCAGCGGAAGAAGGAGGAGGAGGAGCUCAAUGGGCUGAAAGACCGAAUUGUGUCAACUUCAUGUUGACGUGUUAAAAUAGAACAGAGGAAGUACAACCUUAAGUACCUGAACUUGUCCAAUAACAAUGCUCAUGUUUUGCUUUUACGCUUCGUCCCAACAGAACACGACCCUGGUCAAGGAGUGCACAAGCUCAUGAUCAAAAAUGUGGACAUGAAACAGUCCAAAGUCCUUUCCUCUCAUCCUUUCCCUCUCUCAUCCCCACAGGAGAAGCGUCGAUUUGAGAGGGCAGAGGUGCAGCGAGUUCGAGCGGAGAAGGAGCGGGACCGGCAGAACAGGAUUGCGGAAGAACGGCAGAGAAAGGAAGAUGAGGAGGCUAAAAAGAAGAACGAUGACGAGGCCAAGAAGAAGAAGGUUCUUUCCAACAUGGGGGCCAACUUUGGGGGCUUCUUGCAAAAGGCGGAGCAUCGUGGGAGGGAGAAGCGUCUAACGGGGAGAGAGAUCAAGAAGAAGACCUUGGCUGAGAGACGACCCACACUGGAGAUCGACACCCUGAGAGAGGACGCCCUGAAGCAACGAGCUCAGGAGAUGUGGAACUGGAUCUACACGCUGGAUCUACACGCUGGAGUCGGAUAAGUUUGACUUCAUUGAUCACAUGAAGAAACAGAAAUAUCAG